CGCAAAUGACAUUUUGAUUGAAAUUGGCGAGAAGUUCCAGUACAGAAACUUUAGAAAUUAAAGGCGGACUUUUCUUAAUGAGAUGUGCAAUGAAAUUUUACUGAAUGUGUACACAGGCGUGACAAAAGGUUUUUUUUACACGUAUUUUUAUUGCUAUUGCCCACGUUUUUUUCUUUCUAAGAGUUGAACCUGUUGUACAAUUAGUCAAACGAAAUGAGGCUUGAACAGCAGCAUCAGACCGCAAAUGUGCUUGUAACUACCUCCUUCUAGACCAAACUGGUUUAAGUUACAGGGGCGGUGUUUAUUACUCUUAAUACUCUUCGCUGGCCAGCUUCUACUUUAGUAGGGAGGUUAGUGCACUUCUGGUGCAACUGCAAAAAUCAUCAUCAUGUCAGGCAAUAUGGGACGACAAAGCAGCUAGUCAUUCCAACUAAUAAAGAAAAGACUUUAGCGGUGUCACAGGAAAGUUGAACCGCUUUCAUCAGGAAGUAUCCACCUUUUUCAGGGAUAACGUGCAGCAACAAUGCGCCCCCUGAUGAACCACUGAGGUACUGCAGCGUUUGUAACCCACUCUACGCUGGUGUGUGGAUCUGUAAUAGCCGAGGAGGCCUGUCACUCACUGCUGCUACUCUGCAUCGGCCGGAUGGCCUCCAUGGUGUCCGUGAAGAUUGAGAAGCGGCCUGCUCCCGAUGAUGUCAUGAGCUUAAAUCCCAAAAAACCAAGGAAAUUGCUUCCUAGUCUGAAGACCAAACGGGCCCCUGAGCUGGUCCUGGUGAUCGGGACCGGGGUUAGCUCAGCUGUGGCCCCCCAAGUCCCAGCACUUCGUUCCUGGAAAGGUCUCAUCCAGGCCUUGCUGGACGCCGCCAACGACUUCGACCUCCUGGAGGAGGAGGAGAGUCGGCGUUUCCAGAAGAGCCUGCAGGAGGACAAGAACCUGGUUCACGUGGCCCAUGACCUCAUCCAGAAGCUGUCCCCGCGCACUGGCAACGUCCGCUCCACUUUCUUCAAGGACUGCCUAUAUGAGGUGUUCGACGACCUGGAGUGCAAGAUGGAGAAUGCCGGGAAGCACUUGUUGCGUUCGGUGUUGCAGCUGAUGGAGAGCGGCGCCUUGGUGCUCACCACCAACUUCGACAACCUGCUAGAGAUCUACGCCGCCCACCAGGGCACCAAGCUGGAGUCGCUGGACCUCACGGACGAGAAGAAGGUUCUGGAGUGGGCCCAGGAGAAGAGGAGGCUAAGUGUUCUGCACAUCCAUGGCGUUUACACCAACCCCUGUGGCAUUGUUCUGCACCCAGCUGGCUACCAGAACGUUCUGAGGAACACGGAAGUCAUGAGAGAGAUCCAGAAGCUGUACGAGACCAAGUCUUUUGUGUUCCUGGGCUGUGGGCGCACGGUAGACGACACCACAUUUCAGGCCCUCUUCCUGGAGGCGGUGAAGCACAAGUCGGACCUGGAGCACUUCAUGCUGGUGCGACGUGAAGACGUAGGAGAGUUCAAGAAGCUACGUGACAACAUGCUGGAUAAGGGCAUCAAGGUCAUCUCCUAUGGAAACGAGUAUGCUGACCUGCCCGAGUACUUUGAGCGGCUGGCCAAUGAGAUUUGUACACGUGAUGUGGUUACCAAUAGCUGGGGAUCGACAAAUCAAGACAAUGAAGAAAAUCAGAAUGUGGUAAAGAAUGGCCUCAUCCAAAACUGUCCGUCGUGACCUGAACAUAACCACAGACCCAUCUAAAGCCUGCUGAGCUCUGCUGUACAUUUUGGCCUCCUGCCCAGAUGCGACUAAAACAGGCCAAAACGGGAGAAAAAAAAAAGAAUCACAGUUACUACCUAGUCAUCUGCCCACUAUCUCCGUCACCUGAUGACAAACCGUGAAAAUGCUGGAAAACUACGGUGCUAUGAAAAUGGCAUCCAGAAUUCCCACUCCAUGGGCGACCUCCGAACCAGGACGUCUGGAAAAGUAACGGGAGUGGAUGGAGGAGCUUGGAAGUGGAGAGUUAAGUGUGAGGUGGGAAAAUUGUGAAGGGAUCACAGGAGUCUUCAGCUGGGAUUCGUCUGGAUCUCUGGACUACAGAAGUCCUACCAGAUCCAGCCCCAAACCCAUGCCUCUUCCCUUCAGACUUAAGUGCUGUACUCUAUCUAUUCAGCAUCUGCCACAUGUCUUAAAAUACGACAAAAUGGAGCUUAUUCUCUUCGGUUAGAAGCCUCACUUAUCAUUUUAACCAGUACACAUUUAAAAAUAAUUCAUAGGCAAAAUCAACCUCCCACAAAUCUCACUUUGACGAUUACACAAAAUAUCACCAGAAUAAACCAAGGAAAACUCGGUAUAUAUGAACCAUUUUUUGUGUGAUUCUGCAGCAAAAAAUACUUGUUACUCAUAAGCUUUGUGUUUGUAUUUUGUCUUGUGAUGUUUUUGCACGUAGAUCUCGUAGAUCAUUUCAAUAAAACUUGCAUGUUUUUUUGUAAAUGA